AUUCUUUAAUUGAUGUUGUUGCUAGAACAGUUAAACCAAAUAAUUCUGAUUCUCCAAUUUCUUGGCUUCAAGAUGCAUUUAACGGAACUGUGUUGAAUGUAACUUUUCCGGGAAGAAAAAAUCUUAGCAUUAUUCAUGAAGUUUCCAUAAAUUCUUUAGACCUUGUGUUUAGUACAAUGGAUCAAUACACUCCGCUUGCUUCAUCGUCAUUACUCACCGCUUCCUUUAGUAUUCCAUUCGGUUUUCAACUUUAUGUACAACAGAUUUCACAGGAAAUUGAAUUAUUUGAUGGUCAAACAAAAUUAGCGACACUUAGUAUUCCAUAUACCAAAGCUUCUGGUGACUCUAAAUCUGGGAAUCUUACUUCAGGUUUUGCUCCAACUCAAUUUAAAGUAAUUCCGGGUUCUGAAAAAAUUUUUGAUGAUUUUGCUAAAAGAUUAACGAUGGAGGAAAGUGUCACGCUUAUAAUGACAG